AUGUCUGCUACCGAAACUACUACUCAAGCUCUUCUUCGGAGCCUGCCUUCGCUCAAGGGCCCAUUUCGACCGCUAGAUCUCAGCACAUUCCCACCUACCCCUCAACAGGCUUUUGUCGACUGGCUGAAGGAUGCAAUCGACAACGGCAUCAAGGAACCCCACGCGAUGACUCUCUCCACUGUCGACGAACAUGGAUGGCCUGACGCCAGAGUGCUGAUUUUGAAGAACCUCGACCAUCGUGGGUGGCAUUUUGCAAUCAAAGCAGACAGUCCCAAAGGCGGACAAAUCUUGAACAACCCUGCGGUCGCAUUGACUUUCUACUGGCCUCAUCUCGGUCGUCAGAUCCGCAUCAGAGGCGUUGCCAAUCAGCUUCCAGCUGAAGAAAGCGCUAAAGAUUUUGCUGAACGUCCCAUCGGUUCCAAAAUCACAGCUCUGGCAUCCAAGCAAAGUGAGAUCUUGAAAGAUGCAGAACAGCUGCAACAAGGGUUUCACGAUGCUAAACAGAGGAUGAAGACCGAACCUGACUAUGUGUCUCCUGCAUGGGUUGUGUUCGCUGUAGCGCCUCGCAGCGUCGAAUUCUGGCAAGGUGCGACCGACCGCAUGCACCAGCGACUGCGCUAUAAGAUUAUGGAUGACGAGCAACAUUGGCAGAAGGAUGCAUUGUAUCCCUGA